AUGGGGAGUAUCGAUCAUGAUAAGCUUUUUGAAACCAUGGCUUGUGAAAUUUAUCAUCAUCUUAGAGAGUCCGAGGAAGACAUGACUCGGAGGAUGCGUGCAGUCGUUAUAGACUGGCUUGUUGAAGUUUCUGAAUAUUAUAGGCUGGUGCCCGAAACAUUGUAUCUGACUAUUAACUACAUAGACCGAUACCUUUCUUGUACUCCCAUUGAUCCUCGAAGACUGCAGUUGCUUGGUGUAACUUGCAUGAUGAUCGCCUCAAAGUAUGAGGAGAUACGUGCACCGAAGGUGGAUGAUUUCUGCUACAUAACUGAUAACACGUACUCCCACGAUGAGGUAUUGCAAAUGGAAUCCUCUGUUCUUGAUUUCCUAAAGUUUGAGAUGACUGCUCCUACCGCAAGAUGUUUCUUAAGGCUAUUUUUGGUUCCUAAUGCUCAAAUGGAUAUAUAUAAUAUGGGCAUUCGUCCAAUGCAAUUACUGUAUUUGGCAAGCUACAUAUCUGACUUGUCUCUUCUCAGGUAUAGGAUGCUACAUUAUGCGCCUUCUCUCAUUGCUGCAUCGGCAAUUUUCUUAGCAAGAUUUUUAUUUAUGCCAUCACGUAAACCAUGGAAUUUAAUAUUGAGGAAUUAUACUCCGUACCAACCAUCAGAUUUACAAGAAUGUGUCAAGGCCUUGCACGAGCUUGUUUGUAAAUGCCCGCAUUUUAAGUUGCAAACAAUCAGAGAAAAGUACAGUCGACAUAGCUACAAACGUGUAGCAAAGAUCACCUGUCCUGCAUCGAUACCAUUGGAGAAUUUCAAAGACAUUACCAGCCGUCGUAAUGACAGAUCGAAGAAAUCCGCAACUAUGAAUAAAUGAUUAGAGCCUGUUAUUUUAUACUGUAUCAUUCUACUUACAAUUAUACCAAAUGUAGCGAAUGAAUAAUUAGAGCCUGUUACUUAUGGAUGUAUAUUUUUCUUCUAGUUUUAUAUUUUAUGUACACAACUAUGUUUCUUUCAUGUUUGGGUAAUACUGUUUUUUUUUGUUUUUU